AGGUAGAGGCCGGCCGGCAGGCAGCUGCGGGCCUGUCUCAUCGGGACACUUGCCCUACAGAAAUGGCCCCGGCCCCACUUGAUCCUCGGCCCGGCGGCCCCGCGGGGCUGCAGGCAGCCUAGGAGACGCCACCCCAGGCCCGGAGCCCAUGCCCCUGACCCGGGCACAGCCGGCCCCUGGCCCGGAGGCCAUGGAGACGGUGCCCCCAGCUGUGGACCUGGUGCUGGGGGCCUCGGCCUGUUGCCUGGCCUGUGUCUUCACCAACCCUCUGGAGGUGGUGAAGACGCGGCUGCAGCUGCAGGGGGAGCUGCGGGCCCGGGGCACCUAUCCGCGACUGUACCGUGGUUUUCUGGCCUCCGUGACCGCGGUGGUCCGCGCCGAUGGGCUGUGGGGCCUGCAGAAGGGGUUGGCUGCCGGCCUCCUCUACCAGGGCCUCAUGAACGGUGUCCGUUUCUACUGCUACAGCCUGACAUGCCAGGCUGGCCUGGCCCAGCAGCCGGGUGGCACUGUGCUCGCGGGCGCCGUGGCGGGGGCCCUGGGAGCCUUCGUGGGGAGCCCUGCUUACCUGGUCAAGACGCAGCUGCAGGCCCAGACAGUGGCCGCCAUGGCUGUGGGGCACCAGCACCAUCACCAGAGCAUCCUGGGUGCCCUGGAGACUAUCUGGCGGCAGCAGGGCCUGGCAGGACUGUGGCGGGGUGUGGGUGGGGCUGUGCCCCGUGUCACGGUGGGCUCAGCUGCCCAGCUGGCCACCUUCGCCUCUGCCAAGGCCUGGGUGCAGGAGCAACAGUGGCUCCCGGAGGACAGCUGGCUAGUGGCCCUGGCUGGGGGCAUGAUCAGCAGCAUCGCUGUGGCCGCAGUCAUGACACCCUUUGAUGUGGUCAGCACGAGGCUGUACAAUCAGCCCGUGGACAGAACUGGCAGGGGCCAGCUGUACGGGGGCCUUGCCGACUGCCUGGUGAAGAUCUGGCGGCAGGAGGGCCCCCUGGCGCUCUACAAGGGUCUGGGCCCCGCCUACCUGCGCCUGGGCCCCCACACCAUCCUCAGCAUGCUCUUCUGGGAUGAGCUCCGGAAACUGGCCGGGCGGGCCCAGCAGCAGGGUGCCUAGGCGUUCCCCACCGCUGCCCUGGCACUGCCACAGCUGGGUACUCACCUAGAGCCACAGCCCACCAGGGCAGGGCCACAGGCCAGGGAGAGAGUGGACAGCUGUGGUCCCAGCCUAACAGCCCAGGCAGGGCCACAGCAACUGCCCUGAAUCACCGCCCGCCCUGAUCUCCAGAAAGUUCUCUUCCCUCUGUGUACAGGGUUAACUCAUCCCAGAGCCUUACUCGUUGCUACAAGAACUGGAGCCCUCACCUGGAGCUGAGUGUCUGAGCUGCCUUAACUUGUCUAAUCUCCCAGUAUGAAGAAAACCAAGCCAAACCAGUUGCCAUCGAGCCAACACAGGCUCUCGGUGACCCCAUGUGUGUCAGCGUAGAACCGUGCUGCACAGAGUUUUCAGUGGCUGAUUUUUCAGAAGCAGAUUGACAAGCCUUUCUUCUGAGGCACCUCUGGGUGGGCUUGAACCUCCAAUCUUUUAGUUAGUGACUGAGCACAUUAACCGUUUGAAUCACUCAGAGACUUCCAAACAGUAUGGAAACCUGUUGCCAUUGAGUUAAUUCCCACUCCUAGCCACCCUAGAGGACAGAAUGGAACGGCCCCAUCAGGGUUACAGGGCUGUCAUCUUUAUGGACGCAGACUGCCAUGUCUUUCUCCCACUGCCACUGCACCACCAGGGGUCCUUAACGAGUGUGUUGCUUUUCACCCCAAACAGUAUGAAACAGGUAAAAUCCUCUUUAACCAAUGAGGAAACUGAGGCUCAGAGAAGUUAAGUGGCUUUGACCAAAGCCACGCAGCUUUGAAACGGCAGAGACAGAACUGGAACUCAACUCUGACCCCCAGCCUAUACCCUUGAGAGAAGCACCGCCAUGCCAGAACCACGGGGGACUAGGGUGUCCCUUAGGGAUCAGCGUACACAUGAGGAGACCCUGGGGUGCACCAUGAGGCCAGGGCCUCUCACCUGAGGUUUUUAUUGACAGCCUCCCAGGUGCCCAGCUCUGGGUGGGCACUUGCACAUAUUCUCUAGACAAUUCUGAAAGGGAGCUCUUGUGAUGCUCAUUGUUCAGAUGAUGAGACUGAGGCCCAAAGAAGGGAAGUGGCUUACCCAAAGUGGGUAGAUUAGCUCCAUAUCCUCAUCCUGGGCCCCUUCCCUGAACUCCAGCAACACUCCCACCAAGGAUGUCUUCUUAAGGCCUUGCAAAGACCUUUGUGUUACAGAAGUAAGCACUGAGUCUCUGGAACGGGUAGGACAGGGCCAGGGUCAAGCAGCCUGAACCACCUUCCAUGCCAUACCCUCCAUACCAUACCCUGUCUGCUGAGAGCUGCUCCCCAGCCACACCUCCUCCCCACCCCAGCCCUCUCACCGCACACGCCAAAUCAAUAAAGUCUUCUAUUUUGUUUACUUCGAUGACUCCCCUCCGCUGGCAGCCCCAGCAUCCCCCAUCCCUGAAUCUCCUCCCUCUGCUUUCUGUCUGGUAAAGGAUUCCAGGGGGCCCAGCCCCACCCCAUCUGACCCAGGUGAGGUCUGCCACCUAGUGGACACAGGGAGGUACGUCAUAGGUGGGCAGCCCCAAGGCCUGAGAGAGCGGAGGGUGCAGAGGUGGACUUGAGCUGGACCUGCUGUAAGAGGAUCCCUCUCAGACCCCUGGAUGAAAGGGUAGACCACACCCCAGGCAUCAGAAGGAUAGACUGACCUCAGGCUGUGGAGGCAUUGAUCCUCCCAAACCUGGAGCUGACAGAGUAGAGCUGGACCUCGAGCUGCUGGGGAUUAGAACCCCAGACCUCAGGCUGUGGGAGACAGACACCCAGACCUCAGCCUUUGAGAGAUAGACACUCCGACCUCAGGUUUGGGGCAUAGACCCCACCAGACGUCAGGCUGUGGGGAACAGACCCCCAGACCUCAGCUGUGAAGGAUAGACUCACUAGACCGCAAGCUGUGCAGGGAUAGACCCCAAGGCCUCAGGCUGAAUACGGAUAGACCCCCAGGCCUCAGAUUGUGCGGGGAUAGACCCCAAGACCUCAGGCUGAGUGGGGACAGACCCCAGACCUCAGGCUGUGCAGAGUUAGACCCCCAGACCUCAGGCUUUGGAGGAUAGACCCCCCCAGACCUCGGGCUGUGGGGGGAUAGACCCCCAGACCUCAGGCUGUGUGGGCAUAGGCCCCCAGACCUCAGGCUGUGGGAGGAUAGACCCACAGACCUCAGGCUGUAUGGGGAUAGAUCCCCAGACUUCAGGCUGUGUGGGGAUAGACACCCAGACCUCAGGCUGUGGAGGGAUAGACCUCCAGACCUCAGGCUGUGGGGGGAUAGACACCCAGACCUCAGGCUGUGGGGAGGAUAGACACCCAGAACUCAGGCUUUCAGGGAACAGACCACCAGACCUCAGGCCGUGGGGGGAUAGGCCUACAGGCCUCAGGCUUUGGGGGGAUAGACCCCCAGUCCUCAGGCAGUUUGAGGAUAAACCCCUCCCAGACCUCAGGCUUUUGCGGGGAUAGACCCCCAGUCCUCAGGCUGUUUGAGGAUAAACCCCUCCCAGACCUCAGUCUUUUGGGGGGGAUAGACUCCAGACCUCAUACUGUGUUGAGAUAGAUCCCUAGACCUCAGACUGUGUGAGAAUAGACCCCCAGACCUCAGGCUGUGGAAACAUAGACACCUAGACCUCAGGCUGUGGGGGGAGAGACCCUCAGACCUCAGAUCUUGGAGGGACAGCACCCCCAGACCUCAGGCUAUGUGGGGAUAGACCCCCAGACUUUAGACUGUGGGAGGACAAACCCCCAGACCUCAGGCUUUUGGAGGAUAGACCCCUCCCACCCAGACCUCAGGCUGCAUGGAGAUAGAUGCCCAGACCUCAGGCUUUGGGGGGGAUAGACU